CGACGACAGCAAGGAAGGCGAGAAGACGGAAGAAAAAGUGAAAAAUCGAAACCCACAAACUGCUUCGAGAGGUCUUAAGAAGCUCGAGUGCAAUCUUUUUUAUCGGUGUACCGAUUUGCUAAUCCCGAUGUACUGCUAGGUAUUUGCGAAUACCGAAAAUAGUUAUGAAGGCAGCAAUUUUAGUAGCCGUCUCGACGGCGCUAGUUCUAAUGUUUACGGAUUACUCCGAAGGUCGUAGGCAUCAUUUGGAAGUGCGGGAUGACGUCCGCCGUUACAUUCCGUUGAGCACGUUCGGAUUCUACUCCGGAGGAGUGCUUGAUGUUAAAGUUUCUGGGUUUCGUGUAAUGCCGGAUUCUGAGGAUAAUCUCUUUGGUCUCUCCUUGGAUAGAACACUGUCGGAUGCAAUGAAUCCGUACUUGGACACCCAUCAGGAGAAUUGCAUUCUGCGAGAACCAAUCAGUUCGUUGCGCAGCGGACCGAUCGUUUUCUUCACCAUGGAUCUUAAGCGAGAAGUUGUCCAUCUGAACUGCUCAAGUGAAUGGCAAAAUGUUCACAUUUACAAGGAUCGUAAGCAAAUUCCAGCGCUUCGUUCGAAGCGCCAAUCUUUUGCGAAGGUUAGCGACUCAAAGUCCAUGUACAUGCAGCGUCGCAAACGAGAAGUUAUUGAUCCAGCAUCCUCUCCACAAACGUCGGUGUGUCACAAUUUUAAUCUGACCCUGAAUUGUGAGAAACAGGAACCGUUCAAGUUCUGCUGGUUUAAUUUUGUUGUGUACGUGGCUAGCAAAGCUGAGGAAGGCCUGUACAAUCUGUACUUCCACAGCUGUCCGAAUUAUGAUCUGAACAACCUGUACGAUUUGCAGUUCGAUGUAACGAUCGAGGAGAAUAAUAGUGGAAACUUUUUGUCGGCCGGAGAAAUGCCGUUACCGGCAUUGUACUUCAUGAUGUCACUUCUGUUCUUCCUGUCGGGCCUGUUUUGGGUGUUUAUUCUGAAAAAGAGCAAACAUCCAGUGUUUAAGAUUCACUACCUGAUGGCAGUGUUGGUGUUUUUGAAGUCGCUUUCCCUUAUGUUCCAUGCGGUUAAUUAUCACUUCAUUGAGACGCAAGGAGAGCACGUGGAAGCGUGGGCGAUUCUUUAUUACGUUACUCAUCUAUUAAAAGGCGCCGUUUUGUUCAUUACAAUCGUUCUGAUCGGCACCGGGUGGACUUUCAUCAAGCACAUUCUGGCGGACAAGGAUAAGAAGUUGUUUAUGAUAGUGAUUCCACUGCAGGUGCUUGCCAAUGUGGCGGAGAUUAUCAUUGCCGAAAGCGAAGAAGGCGACAAGGAGCACAGCACCUGGCGGGACAUCUUUAUUCUGGUGGAUUUGCUGUGCUGCGGGGCGAUUCUCUUCCCGGUGGUGUGGUCCAUUCGGCAUCUGCAGGAAGCGGCGGGAACCGACGGAAAGGCGGCUAUCAACUUGAGAAAGCUGAAGCUCUUCCGACAGUUCUAUAUUAUGAUUGUGUGCUACAUCUACUUUACCCGGAUUAUCGUGUAUUUGCUGAAGAUCACCGUUGCAUUCCAGUACGCCUGGCUGGAUGAGAUGUUCAAGGAGAUGGCAACGUAUGUAUUCUUCGUUCUAACCGGAUACAAAUUCCGUCCGGUGUCGCAAAAUCCAUACUUUUCGGUGCACGAUAACGACGACGAUGACGACGAUGAGGUGGAAGUCCUCACCCAAACGGGCUUGACGGAGGGCAUCAGCAAGGUGACUAACCGCUCGCAACCGCCCGCCACGAUGGUACACGAAUCGAACGAGGAUGAGCGGGAAAACUUGAUUAGCAAGCGCGAGUCAUCCCACGAGUAUGAUUAGACUAUAUAACAGCUUAUUUUAUGACUAACUGCUGAUUCAAACUGUAGCUAUGUACUACGAUGUAGCUGAUAGGAACUUUAUCGUACAUUUUAAGGUGCAGCAAAAGCAACGCUCGCCCCAAACGACUGCAAUGAUUUGAGAAACUUCUCUGUGAAUGAACAUUCUUAGAGCGAACUGUGUUGUACUAUUGCUAUUUAGCUUUAAGGUGUUUGCGUCAUGAGAAAAACAGGUCAUCACUGGAAAUGACGGGUGAUUUCCUUUAGAAAUCAAGAGCAGAUUAUUAUCAGCCGUGUCUUUACAUUAUUUUGUUGAGCGUUUACUGAUUCAGUUCACGAAAAUGGCUUAGAAUAAAAUAGACACUUUUGAUAUGUAUUUGCACUCCCAGCAUUUCCAACCAGCAAUGAAUGCUUCUUCGUCUGUGAUCAUAUCAGUUGGUAAAUGUUGUAGCAUAACUUGCAUUUUGCAUUUUUUAUUUUGUUUCUAAUUUUCCACAAAAUAUUUGGAUCGUAUUCAACGCUGACUGCCGUCGUUCUAUGUUUUGUUCUUUGUUUUAAACUAACAACCUGCGAAUCGCAGAUUCACAUUCUAGCGAUUCCAUGCUACAAAGCGCUUAGUUUGUCAUGGUUAAAUUACCAAACUCAAUCAAUUUUCAAGAGGCAUUCUCUUCCUUAUUCACGUAUAUUCACAGUAAAUAAUGAACCAAUUCGAUUAGAUAUAUAGUCCGCGACCAAGCAGUACCAGCAUAAUUGAGAUAGAAUUUUUCGAUAAUAUAUACCUACCAAUAUUUCCCCGUGUAGCCCAAGCAAGCAAGUAAACAAACUCAACCAAUACCUACAUAGAUUUUAGAUUUAGUAUUAAACUAAGAGUGUAGAAAAAAACGAAAUUAACAAAAAAUCGAGUAUCUUUUCUCCAUGAUUAUCUACCGCUAAAUAGCGCGCAGCUCUCCGUGUCAAAAAGAAAAAAAAUCAGGCCAUUUUCGACUACGUGAGUUGAUUGAUCACCGAUCGUAUUUAGUGGGUGUAUAAAGUUUAUUGCAUUUCA